AUGGAGAUGAUGACUGAGAAACAGAGAGAUACUAGGUAUUUCUGGAAUAAUACUCCUCAAAAAAGUGAUUAUGAGGCUGUAGAAGCCCUUAUUUCUAUGAGUUGCAACUGGAAAUCAGACUUCAAAAAACAUGCAGAUAUGAGACCUAUAACUCCAGCAUCUGAUAUGUCAGAAGAGAGUGACGAGACUUUGCUUCCUGGAGCGGCGGAUUUUAAUGCGAUACCAGCAUUUUGCCUGACCCCCCCCUACAGCCCUUCUGACUUGGAGAUGUCGCAGGUGGUCCAUCCGGGGGCAUCUGUGCCCGCUGCAGCGCUGGGCAAGUCCCUGGCUGAGGCUGCCAAGCCUCUGGCCACACCUCGGAGAGAGGCGGAGAGGCCUCCAGCAGCCGGGCCUCUGAAGGCUCAAGUGACAAGUGUUAUCCGCCACACGGCUGAUGCCCAGCUUUGUAAUCGCAAAACCUGCCCGGUGAGAACAGCCAGCGUGCUGCAAUACCAGGACACUGUUUUGAGGGAAACAAACAGUAAACAGAACGCUGAAGCAGAACAGUCAAUGUGUUCAGCUGCGGUGUCAAGCAGAGCCAGCAAUGAGAGCAGCGAACUGCUGGUGGCAGAAGGAAAAACCACAGAACCAGCUGUUGGUCCAGUGCCCUUGGCAAAGGGCUCAGCCAGCAGACGUCAGCCUGUCCCUGGGUCAGCGCAGCAGUCAGCGGCGGUGGCACCACCGUGCCCUGCCCAAGGCGGUGGAGCCCCCCCUGUGCCAGUGAUUUGCCAGAUGGUCCCGCUGCCCGCAAACAACAACGUUGUGACGGCUGUAGUGCCCAACACCGCGCCAAGCCAGCAGCCAGCUCUCUGCCAGCCCAUGGUCUUCAUGGGCACCCAAGUUCCCAAAGGUGCAGUUAUGUUUGUUGUUCCCCAGCCGGUCGUGCAGAGCACAAAGGCUCCCAUUAUUAGUCCCAAUGGCACGAGACUCUCUCCCAUUGCCCCUGCUCCUGGCUUUGUACCUUCUACAGCAAAAACCUCUCCUCCGGUUGAUUCUUCAAGAAUAAGAAGUCACAUUUGCAGCUACCCAGGAUGUGGGAAAACGUACUUCAAGAGCUCCCAUUUGAAGGCUCAUGUCAGAACACACACAGGAGAAAAGCCAUUUAGUUGUAGUUGGAAAGGCUGUGAGAGAAGGUUUGCACGGUCUGAUGAACUGUCUCGCCAUCGCAGAACGCAUACUGGGGAGAAGAAGUUUGCCUGCCCGAUGUGCGAGCGGCGGUUCAUGCGGAGCGACCACUUAACGAAGCACGCGCGUCGCCACUUAUCGGCUAAGAAGUUACCAAACUGGCAAAUGGAAGUGAGCAAGUUAAACGAUAUUUCUGUGCCGCCAACAUCUGCGACUGCGCAGUGA